UCCCCGGAUCUGGAUAAAUUCCCCUGCAUUUUGAGAGGUGAAUUCCUCAACUGGAAAGCCAGGCUUGCCAUUGCAGCUCACUGCAGGAGCGACUGUCCUGACUGCUACUGAAUAAUAUCUGAUCUGUGUCAGUACGGGUAUCGACAACAGCCUCCUUCGCCAUGCAGCUCAUGCAUCACAUCUGAACAGCAGACCGCAGUUGCUCCGUCUGCAAAAUAAAGCCUUGGGACAAAACACGUCACACAAAAGGAGAACCAUUUGAUGGAAGAAAAGAAAAAGAAAAAGCAAGAGGAAAAGAAAAAGAAGGAAGCUGCUCAGAAAAAGGCUGCUGAACAGAAAACCAAAGUGCCAGACUCUGCCAAGCCCAGCCCCACCCCUCCUCCCCCCACCAACCCCAGCACCGCCAUCAACCCGUCCGUGCCCUCAGCCAGCAGCAGCACUGGUGGCAAUGGCAAGCGCGCACCCUCCAGCAACCAACAGCAGCAGCCGGCAGCCCCUCGCUACCCGCCCAGAGAGGUGCCCCCUCGUUUCCGUCAACACGAACACAAGCAGCUACUGAAGCGGGGCCAACCUCUGCCCGCCGGGAGCACGGCUCUUGCGCAGCCAGUGUCCGCCAGCCUUACACCUCAGCCCUUCUCCUGCCAGACCCACCCAGAGCUGCCCCCACAGAGUGGCCUGGCAGCCCAGUAUGAGAAUAUAUCCCUCAGUCGCAGUGCCACUACAGCCUCUACCAACAGCUGCAGCGGCUGGGAUCCACUGAUUAUUGACGAGCGCGAUACGGAGGCGUGGCCUUCCAUUUCAUGCAAAGAAAGCCACGCACCUGCAGGAUGCCCCUUGGAUACUGAAAGUAUCAGUGACAUCAGCAGCAUGAGCAUGGCCACAGGAGCUGGCCAGCAAGGCCAUUUCUCCACCAAUCACCCCAGCAAAGCCAAUGCCGGCCACUCAGGAGGUCUGCUCUCUAGUCAGGGUGGGGCCAGCAGAGGCUGGGGCUCUGGCCCUUCUCCUGCCAGUGGAGGAGAAGGGAAGAAUGAAGUCUCCAGCACAUCAGUGGGAGCCAGGGGUUGGGGCUCCUCCAACUUUAACUUGAACUUAAACCCCAACGCCAACCCCUCUGCCUGGCCAGUUCUGGGACAUGAAGGGACCGGCAUGGGUGGCGGCAGCUCAGGAGGAAGCAACCCUCCUCCUCCUAAUCUCUGUAGCCCACCGGGCACUUUGCCCAGCCAGGGCUCUAGCAGCAGUGGCAGUAUGGGUGGUGCCAAUGGAAAUUCUGCAGGUAAUGGUGGCAGUGGCAAUGGCAGCACCACAUGGGGUAGCACUGUGCUCAGUGACUCCUCAGAGCCACACUCCACCCCAUCCACGAAUGUGUCUUUCAUCUCCGAACCUCCGAACCUUAACACUGAUGGACCAAAUCACACUAAGCAGGAGCCCAGAAGCCCAGGCCACAGCCUGUCUAACUGGGGCGUUGGCCCUGCAGGCAUGGGCUCGUUUAUUCAAACUCCAGGAGGAGCAUCGCAAGUCAAUGGAGACGGGGAAUCUGUUUGGGGUAAUGGAGAUGCCAAAUCUGGUGGUGGCUCAAAAGACUCUGGUUGGGACUCAGGGAGCAGCUGGGGACAAGGAGGGGCCUCAGGCACUUCUGGCUGGGGACAAGCUGCCUCAACUGGGGACUGGGGUAAGCAUUCCAACAGUGAGGCCAAAGGAUGGGAUUCUUCAUGCUCUCCCACCCAAGAGCAGCAGCUCAAUUCUUGGGUCCGUGGGGCCAAUGCUACAGCUAGUGAGGGAAGCAGUGACAGCAUGGAAUGCCAUCCUCGCAUGAGGGACCACUCAUCAAGAGAUGAGGCUCCCCCUAUUCUGCCAGCCCAGGAUAUGGACCCUCGGGUUCUGUGCAACACCGGCUGGGGACAAACACCAGUGCGGCAGCACACAGCUUGGGAGAUUGAAGAAGCUGCACGCUCCAACCGCAAGAAUGACAUUGGAACUGAAGCCUGGUGCUCAUCAUCAAAUGCAGUCAAAGUAGGACCAACACCAAUUUCUGGCAGUGCCAACCCAAACUCUGGCACUACAUCCAGACCUGACUCUGGAGGCAAGAAUGAGGGCCCCUGUCCUAGUACUGGAGCUGCAUCUGGAUGGGCCACAGCCAUGCCAUCCCCCCAGGCUAGCUCUGGUUGGGCUGAUCCAACCAGCAACAAGAAACCUUCCAGUGGUCCUGGAAGUUGGAGCAGUACCCCAGCCGGAGGCCCAGGCGGCAACCUGCAAAAAAGUGGUCAGACUUGGGGUUCAGGGGAUAAGUCUCCUACCUGGGAAGACAGUCACUCUAAAGCCAAACCACAGGGCUGGGCUGAGGGGCACAAACAAUCUCACGGAUGGCGCAAUGGACCUGGUGGAGAAAGUGGGUCUGGAGGAGAAUGGGGUGAACCUGGAGAUGGAAAGAAAAAUGGUCCCUCCAGCUCUACCUGGGAGGGAGAGGGUACCAGCUGGAACGAGGGCUCCAGGGGAUGGGGAAAGCCUGCCCCGGGAGUAGGGGGAAACUGGGGAGAUGCACAACGCCCCAGUGCGCCACCACAAGGAUGGAAUAACAAGCCUCAAGAGGGCACCAAUGGCAAUAGUGGCAGUGGAAGCAUGGGUUCUUGGGGAGGUCCUAGCUCUGUAAAGCAGAGUGGCUCUGGAUGGAGUGGAGGAAAUGGUGGAGGUUCUAAACCUGACCAUACUGGAGACCCCACUGGAUGGGAAGAGCCCUCUCCACCCUCCAUCCGCCGUAAGAUGGAGAUCGAUGACGGUACCUCAGCUUGGGGGGACCCAAGCACUUACAACAAGACAGUCAAUCUCUGGGACAGGAAUAACCCUGGUAUCCAAGGCAAACCAGGACCUGGCAAUGCCAACAAUGUACCCAACAACCAUCAUCAUCAUCCCCACCAUAACCAACCUCCUGUGCAGGCUCACAGCCAUGGAGGUCCAAACUCAAACAAUAAUAACAUUUCCCCUGAUAAUGCUGGCCCACAUCAAACUGGACCGCCUCACAGUAGAACAACCCACAUGAAUCCAGGAUGGGGUGAGAUGUCAAAUGCCCAUUCAAAACCUGAGCCCUCAUGGGGGGAGCCAGCCGCCCCUGCAGCAAGUGUGGACAAUGGCACUUCUGCAUGGGGCAAACCCCAAGGUGGCUGGGGUGAUAAUGGCCCUGAGGUUUAUGGUCGAGGCAACGGACCCCCUGGAUCUGCCCCCUGCAAACCUGCCCCCAAAUCUAUGCAAGAUGGCUGGGGAGGUGGUGAGGAUAUGGGCAUGUCUGCAGGGCAAUGGGAACAGGAUGACGGCGACAUGUGGAACAGCACUGCAUCUCAGGAGAGCAACUCCUCCUGCAACUCCUGGGGCAACCCACCCAAAAAGAGUCUACCAAAGGGAAAAGUCCCAAACAAACAGGAUGAUACCUGGAUAAUGAGUCGUCUCAUUAAGCAGCUGACUGAUAUGGGCUUCCCUAGAGACCCUGCAGAAGAGGCUCUCAAGAGCAACAACAUGAACUUGGAUCAGGCCAUGAGCGCCCUUUUGGAGAAGAAGACCGAACUAGAUAAACGGGGGAUGGCAAUCUCUGACUAUAACAACGGCCUAGUCAAUAAACCAAUGGGCUGCAGGCCUUUAGUCAUCUCCAAAGAAUCCUCUUCAGAUCGCCCCCCCUUCUUGGACAAGGAUGCUGGGCUAGCAGAUGAUGCCCAAACCUCACCGUUUAUGCCUUCUCCGAGCCUGAAGCUCCCAUUGGGUAGUGCUUCACUCCCUGGCCAGAGCCUUGGAGUUGCAAUGCAAAACUUGAACAACAGACAGAUGCAGAGUGGAGUGUUUGGUAGUAGCGGAGCAGCACAAGCCCGGGCCCUGCAGCAGCAGCCUCCUCCCCAGCCGUCAGUGCCACCUCACAACUCGUCCCAGCCUAGUCUUCGCGCUCAAGUGCCUCAGUUUCUCAGCCCUCAGGUUCAAGCACAGCUUUUACAGUUUGCAGCAAAAAACAUUGGUCUCAACCCUGCACUUUUAACCUCACCAAUAAACCCUCAGCAUAUGACCCUGUUGAACCAACUUUAUCAGCUGCAACUGGCGUACCAGCGUUUACAAAUUCAGCAGCAGAUGUUGCAGGCACAGCGCAGUGUUUCUGGCCCCAUCCGACAGCAAGAGCAGCAAGUUGCACGUACAAUCAAUAACAUGCAGCAACAGAUCCAGCAGCACCAGCGGCAGCUGGCUCAGGCUCUGCUGAUGAAACAACAGCAGCAGCAGCCACCCCCCUCACACCCGGGACUGCAUCCCAGCGCAGGCAAAUCAGCUCUGGACACAUUUCCAUCCCAUCCCCAGAUCUCCAGCCUCUCUGUUUCCGACCUUCAGACCAAAGAGCCACAGUCUUCUCCAAAUUCCUUCUCACCCUACCCUAUUUCUGGAUUAAAUCCCAACAUGAAUGUAAACUGCAUGGAGGUGGGUGGCCUGUCCAUUAAGGACUCUCCUCAGCCUCAGUCACGCCUGUCACAGUGGACACACCCUAACUCCAUGGAGAACCUAUCUGGGAACUCCUCUCCAAUGGAGCCCAACUACAGCAAGCAUGGGCACUCUGCUGGCCCCAGUCUGGGUCACCCUAGUAAGCCCCAGCUGGAUGACUCCUACAGUCCCUACAAUCUGAUUCCCAGCUCUGAGUCUCCUGCCAGCCCUCUGGCACCUCAUGAUAGCUGGGGCCAGGGAAAGAACACCAAUGACAAGAUCUCCAAUGGGACCAAUAUCAACUGGCCUCCAGAGUUUUGUCCAGGAGUACCCUGGAAAGGACUGCAGAAUAUUGACCCUGAGACUGACCCAAAUAUGACCCCAGGGAGUGUUCCCAGUGGGCCCACCAUCAACACCAACAUUCAGGAUGUUAACCGCUACCUGCUGAGAGACAGGAGUGGAGGUUCCACCCCAACUUCCUCACAGGGUGAGGCUCUGCCUCCCUCCAGCGAUUGGCCAGUCACUAGCUCUUUCAGUUUGUCCUCCCCCGAGGCAGACAGCACAGGCAAGCUGUCUGACAUGAAGUCCACUUGGUCCCCAGGGCCCAUCUCACACACCCAGCCUUCUCUCUCUCACGAGCUUUGGAAAGUCCCACAAGGACCCCGGAACACAACGGCUCCCACACGGCCACCUCCGGGGCUGACCAACACCAAGUCCUCGUCCAUGUGGGGCGGAAACACCCUGGGCCUCGUGGCUGGCUGGAGCGGCUCCUACUCCUCAGUAGGUACCACAUGGAGUACAGACAGCUCCAGCAGGAGCACUAGCUGGUUGGUUUUGAGAAACCUCACACCACAGAUUGAUGGUUCAACACUGCGGACACUGUGCAUGCAGCACGGCCCGCUUAUCACAUUCCAUCUCAACCUGACGCAGGGCAAUGCCGUGGUGCGCUACAGUUCUAAAGAGGAGGCUGCCAAGGCCCAGAAGUCCCUACACAUGUGUGUUCUGGGAAACACCACUAUACUGGCAGAGUUUGCUGGAGAAGAGGAGGUGAACCGCUUCUUUGCACAGGGUCAGUCCCUCACGCACACCACCAGCUGGCAGGCCAACCCCGGCACCAAUCAAACUCGGCUGGGAGGCGGAGGGACGGCGGCCACACACCCCAUCGGCCACUGGAACAGCAGCAGUCUGGGAGGCGGAGCAGGCGGGACGGGGUCCGGCGGUAAGGCAAGCAACGAGCUGCUGUGGGGGGGUGUACCGCAGUACUCCAGCCUGUGGGGGCCGCCCAGCGGCGAGGACGGUCGAGUGGUAGGGAGCCCCACCCCAAUCAAUACGCUGCUUCCUGGAGACCUGCUGAGUGGAGAGUCCAUGUGAGAGUGCCAAGCGCUCGACCCCCUACCGCAGCGAAAUAUGAAACUUCAAGAGCAAAAACCAAGCAAAUCAUUUGGCGAUAAUCAGCGUCAGUGGAACUGUGAAAAACCAAGAGACAGGAGGCUGAGGCCACACUUGCAUAGAGGCUGCUGACCUUCAUCUACUUUUUGGUUUGGUUUUGCGUCUUUUCAUCUGUGUUAUUUUGAUCAUUAGGCUUGGGUUACAGUAUUCUAUAGACUUCUUACGAAGCACCGUGACUAAAAGAGAAGUGAACCUUUUACAGAAACUUUUCUCUAUUAACUGAUACCAGUGUGAAAGUGUAUUUUACUACAAACCGAUGAGACAAGCUGCCGUUUGUUUUCAAUUCCUCUGGCUCGAGCACAUCCUGUCAGCCCAAACACAGCAUAUUGCCCUCUCCCGAAGAAAUAUGCAUCAUUCCAAACCAACUCUCCCCACUCCCUGUGUUUUGGACUGGCUUUUUUUUUUUUUUUCAGUUGUCCUUUUGGAUUGUUCGGAUUAAUUAACAGCACUAAACUUUAGCCUUAACUGCUGAUCAGUCCCACUCCACUUGUACUCUGAAGAAACAUCUUGAGAAUUGCACAUUUUCUCAUUUCUGAGCCAGGACUGUCAUGGGUUGUAUGUCAGCCGCAGCAUACGCGCAUUCGUCGUCCUCGUUUCCCUCGGUUGCCAUCCAGUCCUCAUUACUCUCAAAAGGACGGACAUGUAUAUGACCCCUCUGCACAUUUGAGGCAUUUAUUCUUAAACUGAGAGGACAUGUGGACAGCUGAGGAAUAUAUUAACCACUUAUCUAAAAAAAAACUGUACAGGAAACACUUUUCAGAUGGACUACUUUCUUUUUUUUCUUUAAUUGUCCUAAAUGACCUCGGCCUCUCGAAAAACACUAGUCCUUAUUGUCGUUCGUCUGACGUGCAAUAUAUGCCACAGACUCUUCCGUCCUUUACGCAGUGCUUUUUUGCCGUGAAACGGUCGGAGCUCAUCUGGAGACGGGAGGGAUCAAAGACUCGUCUCCAGCUCCACCACCAAGCAUGGGACUGGACAGAAGAGGACUCUGUCAGUGUGUAAGCCCAUGGUGAUGAAACAUUCACUAGCACUUCCUCUACACACUCAAGGACAAGUGUGACUACAGGGGCAACAGGGGCUUCAAACCAAAUAAGAGGUGUUUCUUGUAACCCAGUUGACAAAGUGCUUUUUUUUUUUUCGUUGUUGUUGUAUUUGGUACAAAAGUAUGGAACAAAGGCGGCGUGGUUUCUUCAUAGCACUUAGCAAGAGCAUCAAGCUCCGACUUAAAUGCCAACAAAUUACACGUGUACGUGUGAAACUGACAAAAAGCAACGAUGAAAAGCAAUCUACCGAACUUCUCCUCCAUGCUCCUUUUUGAACUCUAAACGGAUUUUGCCGUUUCAUUUCUUCUUCGUCUUUCCACAGCCUUUCGACUUUGAAAUCAGACAUUUCGAAAAUGGUAGCAAAACGAAGGGAUGUCUGAUGAGGGGGAAAAAACACCACAACAAGACUGAAGUGUUCUCGCGUUGUUGUUUUUUUUUUUUUUUUUUUUAGAUGAUAUAUAUCAAAGUAAAUAUCACUGUUAAAGUACUCCAAAAUCAUUAGCCUUUUUGUCUGGAGAUGCUAGACGUGUUGUAAUGUUUCUAAUGGAUUCUGUGGGGCCCCCUGGCCUGGUGGCCCUGCCUACCUGUAUGAUAAGUGUGGCCGUUGAGUGCCUAUCUGCUGUGGCGCCUCAGGUGCCCACGCUCUGACUUUUGACCCGCUGUGCCAGGCCGGCGCACCAGAUGCCAGAACAGACCUGCCUGGGCCGGAGCAGUGGCUCCUUCAGACCUGGCCAAUCAGUACGUACUACUACUGCGCCAGCACUCGACCUCGUCUCAACUUCACUCUCAUAGACUCUCUUUCUCCCUCUCAUGCAAAGAUCACUUUAGCUGGAAGUGGACAGGUUCGUUUCAUGUACUUUGUAUGAUCAAUUGGGUAUUUCCCUUCUGGAAUUGCCAGUGUUGUUUUGUUUUUUUUGUCAACAUUGCUGUUGUUAUCGUCAUUGCUGUUGUUGAUGUUAUAUCGUUAUUUUGCGCUUUUUUGUUUUUUGGUCUUUGUGUGUGUGUGUGUCAAUGCAGUGGUCUCUAUGGUAGCUGCUCUCACCAGCCCCUCUUGCUGCGCAUAUGCAGAAAACACUCUGAUUAAGAGGCACACCUCAGCGUAAACGGCGGCCGCUAACGUCGCCAUGGCUUUUGAAAUACGGAAUAUGGAUUCAGUCACGCACGUAGUUGGCGUAACGAAGAGUAGGUUGAUGGUGCUCAGUUUGUCUUCUGCCUCUCCUCUGCACUUUCCUCCGCUUCGGCGUCAGAGCCCUGCCAGGCCACACACUGGUGCUUAUGACAAAGGGCAGACGGAGUACACUACUUUACCUGGUCGCCUCAUCUCACAGUAAUAAAAGCAAAUGAUAACGGACACUCAGCUCUCCACUUCUAUGCAAAGACCGGCCGAGAGGUGCAGUUCACGGCCUUCAGCUUCAAUCUGUAGUUCUCUCCAAGCCCACUCUUCAGCUUACCAGUUCAUUGUGAGAAGGCAGCUUCCUUACGGUGUAGCCUAAAGAAAGAAACCGGCCCGCUUCAUUUGAACUAAUGACCAGGCCCUCACUGUUUACUCUCUGAAUGAUCUCUUACAUUAUGUACAUGCAGUCUCAGGGCAGCCUCAGAGAACCCCAAACUGUUUUAUCGUUCCGAGGGGGGCGUAGUCGUGCGUUCUUGCAUUAUCCGAUGUGGCUUUAAAGAUGCUGAAUGGACUCGGAGAAGGAUUCGCAGGAAGUCCCUCUGUUUUUUAGAUCCUAAUGUACCUAUUCUCGAUCGUAGACUUAACCUAGUCAUGAAUCUAUCAGAGUGGGACUCGUUACUUCUUGAAAUGUGUUUUGAUGUUUGGUUUUGUAAAGAGCACAUGGAGGUGGAGAGGUAGAAUGCAGGUUGGCACCAAGACAGACGAAUAGCACCUUGUCCCGGGUAUCAAAUUACGCCUGGGAGGACUACUGAGAAUUAAACAGGGAAUCCAGAAUGUUUAGGUGCACUGUAGAUGGUUCACAUUUGGGUACAUCUUUUUUUAAAACCAAAAAAGGUUUUUGUCUCAUUAUUAUUAUUAUUAUUAAUGUUAUUGUUGAAAAAGGAAACUUAAAAUCUGUAGUACACUCUUUGACUGAAGUGCUUCUCUCUGCAAGCCUUUGACGCCCUGAUGUGGCGGACAGAUGACUCUGGGGUUUGCUGUAUUGAUGGUAUUAUACUCUGUCCCGACCCAAUACUAGGGGAACGGUACAGAUUAUUUUCUAAUUUGUUUUUUUAAUUUUUUUAAACAGGUCCAGGUCCACAUGGACCUAUUGUAUCAGGAGGCCUGGGGCACAUGCCAGUUGAUACCAAGUCUUAAAAGGGGGAAAUCCCUUUCUGGAAGAAUUCUUUUUUUCUUCUUUUUUUCUUUUUUUUUACUUCACACUCGAGUGACACUAGCAACAAUCACUAUUGCCUGUUUUUGAAGAUAUAUAUAUAUAUAUAUAUAUAUAUAUAUAUAUAUAUAUAUUUAACUGCCUUUCUCUAAGCUGUACUCGAGACCACAGAUUGAAAGAAAAAAAAACUUAAAAAAAAAACGAACAUCCAAAACUUAAAAUCAAGAGGAUUGCCUGGCAGACUGACUAGCUAGCUAAAAAGUGGGCACUCUGGGUCUUAUCUAUAGGACUAAUGUACCCCAGCUCCACGAGAAUGGCUCAGAUGCAACUUUGUGUAGGUAAGAAGUCCGCUUCGAUCGUACAAAAUAACAGGGGCAUCGCCUGGGUGGAGAUAACCUCUAAGAAAAUCAAAUCCUUUGGCUAGAAUAUGCACAUCCUGGUUGAUAUACAUGUACAUCUGAAAUCCUGUGUAUGUAUAGAACUGGUUAUAUAUAUUUUUUUUUCAUUUACUUUUACUUUUUUUUCUCAGGCCUGAGUAACCCCCUGUUUCCUUCUCUCCAUGAAUUUAACUAGAUGAUAAAGGCAUAAACAUAUCAAAAUUAUACAAAUGACAAAAACUCAAAUACUUGAAUCAAAAGAAGCGCCAAUAAUGUAAUGUGAAAUUUUUUGUAAUAAUUUUGUCAUUCAUACACUUCCAAGCUUUUUGAUAACAUCAGUUCAAACUGAACGAAAAAAAAAAAAAAAAAAUGUAGUAAAAAAAAAAAAAAAGAUAAAAAAAAAUGCAAAAUGACAUCGGUUGUAUGUGAGUGUUUGCACAAGAUUGCGUGUACUGUAUGACGGAUGAAUGCGUUCGUUUGCCUGUGUGAGUGAGUUCAAACCAAUGGAUGCUAGUGAUUACAGUGGAUUUGUUUGCGCCUUUGUUUCAUCUUAGAGGUUUUUUUUUGUCUUUCUUUUGUUGGCUAGUCAAAAAUAUAUUCGGAUGUGUAUUGUUAUUGUAUUUGUUAUUAGCUUUGUUAUUAGAGUUGCACUGAGUGUCUGCUUCCCCUCAUUCAGCUAAUCGUACAACAUGAUAUUAAAGUACUAAGGGGACAAGGUGACAAUUCAUGUGUUAAUGUUUACUCAAGGACUUAUUGAGAAAAAUAACAAGUGUGUUUUUUAUCUGUAAUACGAUUAUCUACCUUAUAGUGGCUUUUAUUGUGGAAUAAUCCAUGAUAAAGAAAUGGAUUAUUUUGAGUAUUGCACCAUUUUUGUUUUCAGAUUAUAAACAGAAAAAAAAUGCAAAAUACAAAAAAAAAAAAAGUAAAUGAAAAUGAAAUGUGUGGGGGGGAGGGAUCUUUUUGAAGAACUGUGGCCAUAGAUCGAUGUAGAGGGACUUGUAACUCCCCAUGUUACACCAUGAUGAGCUGGAUAGACAUCUGGAGAAGAGUUUCUUACAAGACUCAUUUCAGAGGUGCCUACCUUUCUGGUUUGCUUUUUUUAUUGUCAAUGUUCAUUUCUGUUCUAGUUUUCUUUGUGCAAGGCCACCAACAGUUUACAAACAUUUCAUGUUUUUCUGAAGUUCAAGGAAAAGGAAUGUUACGAUGGGAUUGUCAUGAGAAGAGAAAAGAAAGAAAAUCCUAAAGGACAUAUACUUCCAUCAAAUGAAUAACAAAAAACACUUUACAGAAUGAAGAUUAUUGUGCUACUUGCAGAACUCUGGGAUUGAUCAGUGUUGUCAUGUUUUUGUUUUUAUUUAUGUUGGCAAUGUUACUUUCAUAGAUUAUCAAAGCCUGUAUUUUUUUUUUUUUUUGGAAAGCAAAAAAAAAAUCUUUUUUUUUUUAAAAAAAGAGAAAAGAAGACAUAGUUGUUCACUAUCUUGCACACACAAAAAAAGUGGAUCAUGUCUCAGGAAGGCAAGGGUUCCAGAGUACCAACUCCACGCCAUUUAAUGUUUGUUUUUAGAGAAAGAGGAUAACAGAAAAAAAAACAUAAGCACUGAAGGUUAUGGAUUUCAGAAGAAGAAAAUACCUUUGUUUCUAAAUCCGUAGCAGUUACAUAUUUACCAAAUAAUGAACUCUUAAUGAACUUUAAAAAAUGGAGUGCUUUAUAUAUAAAUCUCUAUAUUGAAAUUGCUUUACAUUUUAAACAAAAUGAUCAAUGAUUUUGAUUGUUCAAAAGACGGUGAAAGAACAUACAAAUGCUGUAUGUGUGAUUCUUUAUUGUAUUUUCUUAACAUGAGGUCCCUUCCUGUUGAAAUCAGGACCAUUGUGCAUUACUAUUUCUUUCCUCUUUGUCAUACUGUCUCCUGUGGCGGGUAUUACAUGAUGAGAACUAAAAACGAGGGGUUGGGGGCAGGGUUUCUGUAUCUAUUUGAUCAAUUUAAAGAGGAAAGAAAAGCUGGUUUAUACGGAUCAUGAUCUAUGCACAAGGGGGAUGGGGUUCUUAAAGCCUCUGUGACCCAUCUCUCACUGGGAUUAGAGGGAAUCUUUUUUUUUGUGUCUUUUUUUGUGCUCAUUUGCUCUGUUGUCUCCCUCCCCACCAACCCCAUCUUACUUCCCAUUUUUUAUGUUUCUUACAUGCAGUACAUCGCCAUGCUGUGUAUUCCUAAACCAAUGAACGUCUCAUUCUGAAGCACUGUGGGGUUUUUUUGUAGCCCAUGACUUUCAAGGUUGUCUGUGUUCUUUGUGUGACUGAGUGAGUGAGUGUGUUACUGGGAUGAGUGUUGGUGGAGAUACUGGGUUGCUUUUGCCUUUUGUUAAGGAAUAUGUCUGUACUGAGAUUUUAAGAAGUCAAUGGCUUUUGAUGGGUUUUUUUCCCCUCUCUUUUCCUCUUUUUCUCUCUCCUCAUAGAAUGUGAUUGUUGACAUGCACCGAAAAAAAAUGUUUUCAACUAUGGAGCUUCUUUCAAACAAUUAAUAAAUUGCAUUUUUGUUCUUGGCUGUAA